UCUGGUAUCAGAAGUCACAUGGAAAAAGGAUCUCAGAAGCCCUUGUCACGCAUCUUUCAUCUCUACUGGACCUCAAACAAAUCACAAACCGCCGCAAUCUCCAGCCAAUUAUCUCCGAUCCCCCACCAAUUAGGAGGCUCUAUAAGUAGACCAGGGUAAUCGAUUUAAUUUGUUUCCAAGUUAGUGCAAGGAUGUCGCCGUCGUCUUCGUUGGGGUUGUUCACGUCGAUCUGCCUGCUCCAAUCGGUGGUGGCGGUCACGUGUGGGGCGCUGAUGAUGUUCUACCUGGACGAGAUCGCGGCGUUCGGGCACGGAUGGGAGACGGCGGGCAAGCUGCGCGGCUCGACCCCGCACGACCAGCUACUGAUCCAGACGUCCGAUUCCUUCGCCGGUCUUCUCCUUCUCGCCGUCGGUUUCCUUCUUUUCAUGGUCGCCUUCGUCAGGGACCACGGUUUCCAGAUCUUCUUCGCCAAGGGCUGCAUCCUCCUCCACGCCGCCAUGGCCCUGUGGCGCGUCUACUUCGAGCGCCGUCUCGAGGACCUCGCCCACGACUGGCCCCGCCAGCUCGUCGGCGACCUCGUCCUCAGCCUCUCCUGGGUCUUCUUCCUCGUCUACUCCUGGAGGGAGAAGUACGACUAAUAGCAAUCACGGACAUCGUCAACCCGAGGUCUUUGAAGGGAAGACUACAAGUAGUUAAACUGUCAAAGGAAUCAGUUCAUAUGAGCCUCAAGGGAGAGGAAUAGUCAAUGGUUCAGCCUGUUCAAAAGAAUGACCAAAGUACUUGUGAGUUUUCAGAACAGAAGGAUACAUUAAGAUGCAUUACACCGAUGAUGAUCUACUAGAAGCUUUUUCUCAACUGUCUAUAGGUUGAUUUAUGACAAAUACAUAUUUUAUAUUUUUUAUAUUUUUUGCAAAGGUAAUUGACAAAGCUGACUUCUUUCAUUUCAGUUUUAUUUUAGCUUUUUUAUUUCAGCUUAUUGGAUACUUUUUUAAUGGGUGAUUAAACUUCUUGUGGCU